CAUUUAUCCUAUCAACUUGACUUUCCAACUACAAUUCAUAGAGACUUCUUUAACUAACUAUUUAUCAUCAUCAAACUAAUCAAAUCAAUCAAACAUGGAAGCUAUCAAGCUUCAAAAGAAGUAUCCUCAAUUUUCUCAACCGGAGGUCAUGUCUCUUGUUUCUAGAUUCAAAGACAUGGAUAUCGAUGGAAAAGGUUCGAUCACCAAACAGGAAGCCAUCACAGCUCUUUCUUCUGGUCAUAAUUCAGAAGGAACUUAUGAUUCGGUUAGAACUACAUUGAAAGAAGUUCAAGUGGAUUCAUCAGGAAAGAUUGAAUUAGAAGAUUAUAUUGAUCUGAUUGCAAAAUUACGUCAAGGUAGGAAUAAAACGGCUGGUGUGGCGAUCGGUAGUCCUGGAAAGAGUCGCGUGGUUGUUCAAGGAAGCAAUAGUAAUAUUCAACAUGGUAUUUUACCUGAUGAGUUAUCAGCCUUCACAACACAUAUCAAUGGGGUUCUAGGUGGUGAUCCCGAUAUCGGCGAUCGACUUCCAUUACCCACUGAAACAUUUCAGAUAUUUGAUGAAGCAAGAGACGGAUUAAUACUUUGUAAAUUAAUCAACGAUUCUGUUCCAGAUACGAUUGAUGAACGAGUCUUAAACAAACCAGUAGCAAAGACUCAAUUCAAACCGAUCAACAAUUUUCAAAUGACCGAAAACAAUAAUAUAGUGAUCAGUUCAGCCAAAGCCAUUGGUUGUUCAGUUGUUAACGUAGGCGCUAGUGAUAUUAUUGAUGGACGUGAACAUUUGAUUUUAGGAUUGAUUUGGCAAAUCAUCAGACGUGGAUUGUUAAGUAAGAUUGAUAUUAAAUUACAUCCUGAACUUUAUAGAUUAUUAGAAGAUGGAGAAACUUUGGAAGAGUUUUUGAGAUUACCACCUGAUCAGAUUUUACUUAGAUGGUUCAAUUAUCAUUUAAAAGCUGCAAAUUGGCCUCGCAGAGUCAACAAUUUCAGCAAAGACAUAUGUGAUUCCGAAAACUACACUGUCCUUCUCAACCAACUCGUACCAGCCCAAUGUUCACGUGCACCAUUACAACAAACAAAUCUAGAGCAAAGAGCCGAACAAGUGCUUCAAAAUGCAGAUGCGAUCGGUUGUCGAAAGUUUUUAACUUCUAAAUCGAUUGUAGUUGGUAAUCCAAAGCUUAACUUGGCUUUUGUUGCAAAUCUGUUUAAUACUCAUCCUGGCUUAGAAGCUCUUGAAGAAUCUGAAAGACCUGUGAUUGAAGAUUUUGAUGCUGAAGGUGAACGAGAAGCACGUGUGUUCACCUUAUGGCUUAAUAGUCUUAAUGUCGAACCGGGUGUUUACAACUUGUUUGAAGACCUCAAAGAUGGAACCGUAAUCUUACAAGCUUUUGAUAAAGUGAUUCCAGGUUGUGUGACAUGGAGAAGAGUUAGUAAACCAAAAGAAGGUCAAGAACUAAGUCGAUUUAAAUGUGUAGAGAACACGAAUUAUGCCGUAGAAUUAGGACAAGCCAAUCGAAUGACAUUAGUAGGAGUUCAAGGAGCCGAUAUAGUGGAUGGUACUAAAACACUUGUGCUUGGUUUAGUUUGGCAAUUGAUGAGAAAAUCAGUGAUUGCUACACUUGCUUCACUUUCGAAAGGAAACAAUAGAGAAGUUACAGAUAGUGAUAUGAUCAGAUGGGCAAAUGAUCGAGUUAAAGCUGCUUCUAAACGUACUACGAUGAGAAGCUUUAAAGAUUCGACACUUAAGACGGGGCAUUUCUAUCUUGAUUUACUUGAUGCUCUUAAACCGGGUUAUGUUGAUUAUUCAUUAGUUUAUGAAGGUCGUAAUGAGGAUGAAUGCACAAUGAAUAAUAAAUUGGCCAUCUCUAUUGCUAGAAAGGCUGGUGCUUUGAUCUUUGUAGUACCUGAAGACUUGGUAGAAGUCCGUCCACGUCUAGGUUUAACAUUUAUUGCGGCUUUAAUGGCAUUAGGACAAUAAAAUGACGAAUCUUUAAAGAUAACUUAAAACUUAUUGAUGUUUAUUUGGGUGUAGUGAAUUGUAAGAUUUUCUAUUGUUGUUAUCUUUUGUUUGUUUCUAUUUUACUUUUAUCUCUUUGUAAAUGAAUUAUCUAGCAAAGAAUUUAAAAAAAUGAACAUUAUCACAGUGUGAAUGGUAUUAUGAGAUGGAAAUAUACAUUUACAUACAUCAAUUUUAUAGACUUGAUUCUGAAUCUUCAAUCAGCUUGUUUUAUCAUCGAUUCUUUCGAUAUGUUUGGGAUACAAAACAAGACGAUGUGUAACUUAUUUCUUACAUAAAAAAACAUCAACGAGUUCGAAUAGGUUGUUUUACUGAUACUAUUUGUAUAGUUGAAGUGUAGUCAUCGAUCGUUCUGAAACUUGAUCAUAUCUUAAGCAU